AAUAAUAAUUCUAAGCUUUUUUUUUUUACACCAAUACAAUUUAUAAUAUACAGCGCUAGCUGUUUCCAAGUGAAACUACAAGUCCCACAGAGCCACAUGGUUAGUCACGUGGGGUCUGGACGCACCGUUCACGCGCUCGCACGCGUCAUCACGUCGCUAGAGUAAGCUGCUCUAGGGUUAGGCUGCGCGCGCCUUUGCUCUUUUGACAAGUUUAUCUCUCUUAUUUGAGAUGCAUUUCUCGGCAUGUUUCUCCUCUCACAGCGAAAAUGAAUCAGCAGCCUGAGUCCCGCGUCAGUUCGGGUGAUGGAGGGGUACGUGGUUCUGGGUCAGGUUGGAGAGGGUGCGUUUGGGAAAGCGCUGCUGGUCAGAGAGAAGGCGGGUCCAGGCCGGCGGUGUGUGGUGAAGCAGGUCAGCUUGUCUCGGAUGUCCUCUCGUGAAAGGGAAGCAGCCAAGAAGGAGGUGACUUUACUGUCCAGAAUGAAUCAUCCCAACAUUGUGGCAUUCUUCCAGUCGUUUCAUGAACGAAAUACUCUCUACAUAGUGAUGGAGUACUGUGAUGGUGGGGAUCUCAUGAAGAAAAUCACUUUGCAAAGAGGACAGCCUUUCAGAGAAGAAAAAAUAAUCGAUUGGUUUGUUCAGAUCUGUUUGGGUCUGAAACACAUUCAUGACAGAAAAGUUCUGCACAGAGACAUCAAAGCUCAGAACAUCUUCCUCACUCAAGGAGGAACAAAAGUCAAACUUGGAGACUUUGGCAUCGCAAGAAUGUUAAACAACACAACGGAGCUGGCAAGAACGUGUGUCGGGACGCCGUAUUAUAUUUCUCCAGAGAUCUGUGAGAACAGACCUUAUAACAACAAGACAGAUAUGUGGUCUCUCGGAUGUGUUCUCUAUGAGCUCUGCACACUCAGACACCCAUUUGAAGGCAGCAGUUUGAGGCAGCUGAUUGUGAAGAUCUGUAGAGGACACUACACUCCAGUGUCACAGCGUUACAGUGCUGACCUCAGGCUGCUGCUUUCACAGCUGUUUAAGGUCAGUCCCCGGGAUCGGCCCUCAGUCAACUCGCUGCUGAAACGACCACUUCUACACAAACACAUCAGCAAGCACCUGGACCCACAGUUCAUGGAAGAGGAAUUUAGUCACACGGUUCUGCACAGAGUCAAACCUGCAGCACUGCAUGAGAAUAAACACCCUGCAGUUAUUCCAAGGCCCGGUCCAGCAGUAAAGCCUGAGCAUCCUCUGAGCAAUUUUCCUCCUAGACCAGAGAGAAGAUGUGCAGUAGCCAAGCCUUUCUGCACACAGAGUAAAAAAGUGACGGGCCAUGCAGUGGCGGGAGAAGUAGGAAAGUCUCAGCACUACAGACAGCAGCGUGACCAUCGGGACCAACUACAGCACCAUCCACAUCUUCAUCAGCCUCCUCUUCCUCCUCGUCUCGCAGCACAUGAACCUGUGGAGCUGGAGAAGCCGUCCAACAGACCGAGCGCGCUGGAGCCAUACCAGCUUGUAGCAGCAGCAAGGGAGGAAUACCUACAGAGAAGACAAGAAGCAAACAAAUACAAACUUAGAGCGGAAAAACAGCUGGGGCUGAGGCCAAGUACAGCAGAUGCCGAUCGGUUCAGACUGUAUGACGAGAGAUCUGCUCCUCCUCCUCUUCCUCCUCCUCCACAGCAUGCAGUGCAAGACAAAAUACACGGACAGCAGGAGUAUCUCAAGCAGUUGCGGCAAAUCAGGCAACGUUAUCAGGAUGAGAUCAGAGAGAUGAGGCAGAGAGCCAACGCUGAGGUCCAGACAAACAUAACAGGGGAAGAUAUGGAGCAUCCUACAGCAAAACAAACACAGCCACCUAGUGAAGAGCAAAAGCCCACAGACAUGGAGGAAGCUCUGAAGCAGAUUCUGGAGCAGAACCAGAAAGAGAGGAGAGAGCUGCAGAAGAAAUAUAACGAUCAGAAAGCAGUCAUGUUUGAGAUCAAGCUGCAGGAAGACAGAAUGCAGGGAGAAGCAGAUGAAGAACCAGAGGAAAUGGACGAAAAGGAUGAGGAGGAUCCUCUGAAUCAAACGCUGAAAUUUGAUGCCGAGCUCAAAUUAUGGAGACCUGCGGGUGAGGCCGAAAUCAAGCCUGAAGGAGGAGUUGAGGAAGAAAGGAGUGAAGAGGAGGAGAAGCGUGAGAAAAGAGGGAUGUGGCAGCACGAAGCUCCUCAAACUCUUCUGAAUGCUCUGGCAAACAUGGAGGUGUCAUCCACCUGUUCCACGUUUUCAUCUACACAGGGCAAAGCUACUGAUCAGGAAGAGGCGGAGCAAAGUCCGGAAGGGCGGAGAAAAUGGACAGACUGUCCUCCUGAUACACUCCUUAAUGCUCUGGCUCAGGCACAGCUCACCUACUCGACACUGGGAACAGUCGUACCAUCAGAUGUAGAAAAAGCAUCGGAUGGAGGUGAAGGAAGAGUGACGGAAGAUAAAAAAACAGACAAUGCUGAUGACGAAGGAGAGGAAGACUCUGACAUUGAAGUGGACGAGGAUCGGCUGGAGCCCCGAUCAGAUGAUGAUGAUACGAAUUUUGAAGAGUCAGAGGAUGAGCUGAAGGAGGAGGUGAAGGACUCCAUGAGGAACCUCUUUAUCAUGGCAGAGGAUGAGGAGGUGCAGAGCAUGAAGAAGACAGAGGAGGAAAACAAUACAGAGGCUCCUGUCCAAGGCUGAGCAAGAAAUAAAUAAUGCCCCAGAACCCAGAGGAUGGUUAGCAUUUAGAAACAUAACCAUACGCAGUGACAGUGUCCUGUUUUUAUUGUUGCAAAUGUAUGAUGUCAUUGAAUAAUAGGGAUUAUAUCAUUAAUGAUUUUUACUGAAAAGGUGUUCACUAGUGAAGCAGAUGUUACAGGCACUGUGGCAAAGUAUUUUAAUGCAAGUGUAAGAGGAUUUACAGGUUUUGGUAGGCCGCUUCGACCAGCCUCCACGCUCGACCAUGCCCGACUAUAACUGACCACACCUGACUACACCUACCCACGCCCUGCUGCCACACAUAGGUAUACAAUAACUGUUUUAAAUGAAUAUUUAAUUCCUCCUUUCUAUGUAGUGUGAACUCAUGAUGUUUGAGCAUCAGAGUAAUUCUCACAAACCCUGUCAUGAACAUCUAAUUUUAAAAUCAGAAAUUGCAGAUUUCUACAUCUGGACCAUUAAAACCUUUCUACAAUGUAACAACAUCUCAGUGAUGUAACAA